AUGCUGCUGAGGUCGCUGUUCGAGUGGUGGCCCCACUGCGCCCUGACGAUCAACGACGGCGCCGAGGGCGACACCGCCAUCGCCACCGCCCAUUACAUCCCGAUUCCCGCCCACACGCCCUUGAUCUUAUGGUGAUUGUCCCGAACCUUUUUGAAGUCGAUUCUUGAGGCAAAAAAUCUUGAGAAUCCGACUUUUACAAAUCUGUAUGGAAUAUAGUCUGUUAGCCGUGAUUUGAAUUGUUUCUCGUGUCUGCGUCUCUAUGUUCCCUCACCGGUGAGGUCAGAGAAACAUGAAAAUAGCACGUAAACAUGAGAGGGUCGCAGAGAGAACAGAAGGGUUCAGAGAAGUCGCGAAAAACGGACUAUAGUCGUUCAGAAAAUUCUUGAAGACCUGGACUAGGGUCCUGAAUUUCGAAUUUCGGGUAGAUUCAUUCAGGAAGUAGAACAUCGUUUCCGAAAUAAAUGAAGGUUUCAUUGCGUUUCGUCGAAAUUUUUUGUUCCAGUUUGAGUACAAGAGCAUACAUGGGUUAGUCUCGGUGGGGCCUAAAAAAAUGGGGGGUGGACUUGGUAAAAAAGGGGGGGGUUAGCAGGAAAAAAACUAGAAGAUGGGGGGCAUGCGUGGCAUUAGGGGGACUUGGUAAAAAGGGGGUUGAUAUACGUGGCAUUAGGGGGGACAUGGUAAAAAAACGAGAAAGGGGGUUGGCAGAAAAAAACUAGAAGAUGGAGGGGGUGUGGCAUUAGGGGGGACAUGACUGUCGCAAUUCAGUGUGUUUGAUCAAUAUGAAGGGUGAGAAAAAUACAUAUGAGGAGGACAUUACUAUGAAAAAGGUUUUAGGAUUUCUGAAAUUUCUUAGAGGAGAAAGGGUUUAAAGAUGAUAAUAUUUUUAUGUCGCGCAGCCGUUUCGGGUCCCAAAAAUGGACGGCUUAGAGGGUGACCCAUCGUCAGCAUUUUACCCUCUUGCUUUAAAUCAAAAAAUGUUAUAAAAAGAUUUUUAGCUAUUAUACCUAGGCGCAGUUUUAAAUUAAUAAAGUUUGGAAAAUUGAAAAGGGAAAAACUGAUAAAUGAAGGGGGAAGAAAAAAAGGAAAAAGAGAAAAAAAGAGGGAAAUGUAGUCAUUCAUAUCCGAUAUCGAUUGUUGUCGGCAGAGGUCAAAAAGUUACGAAGAGGUAGAUUAAAUUUAUGUUCUUGUGGAAGUCUAUAUUGAAAGUAUAAAGGUAGAAAAAUUGAGGUUGAAAUUUGGAAUGUAGAGUGAAGAAGGGAUAGUUAUAAUGAAAUGUGUAUUUUUUUGCAAAAACUAAAUCCGAUUUUUUUCUUUGAAUUUAGUCCUAUUUAAAGUUUUUGUUUUCAAAAUUCUAAUUAAGGUGUUUAAAUUGUAUUGAUUCAAUAUGAAAGUUUUUUUAUGCAAUCGAUAGUCCUAUCUAUAAAGUCUUCUAUUCUACCGCAGCAUUUAGAGAAUCUAACAAUUUCAUUAGUGAAUGUGUUGAAACCAAUAUUUCGAGCUACAUAACUGUCGUGAUGAGGGUAUCUGAUUAUUUGAAAAAUUAUAGUCAUCCGUUUUGUUAUAUAAUUUGCUUAAGAUUUUUUUGUUCAUCGAUUGAAAUAUCUAAGUCCAAAAAAAUUGGGUUUUUAUAUGUUUCCGUAUUGGUUUGGUUAAGUUCCAAUGAGUUAUGGUAUAGUGUGUUGGUGAUUAGGGAUAAGUUUAAUUUAUUUUUAUCGUAAAUUAUGAAUAUGUCAUCCAUGUAUCUGGCGGCGUGGAAAAAAAGCGUCAUGCUCGUCCCAUGUUUGAUAAAGAGUUUUAAAACCAAGUUGAAAUCCUUUAAGGGAACUCUUCCAUCCUAGAUUUCGUGAAAUAACUUUCAAUAUACUAUAGGAUUUAUAAAAUAUCCCGCGCCAGUUUGUCACAUUUUUUUUCUGCUCAUAAUAUCGUAUACGUUUGAGUUACAGGUCUCACAGCAAAAGCACAAAAACGUGCUAGUAUACUGUGGUUUUUUUUCCCGAAAAACCUGACAGGGUGGCGCAGAUAUAAGUAAAUUCUUCAGCGAACUCUGCCGGAAUCAAGGAAAAUAUCAAAAAUAGUAUGUUUAGUGAGUCGAACGGCCGACCUCUUUUCCGACUUUUGGUCAAAGAUGCCGCCAACGAGACGGAAUCCCAGUUGCUCUCCGAUUUCGUGCCUCCUUGGGUAGGUUUUCCAACAUUUUUCGCUUCAAUUAUCGAUUUUAAACUCUUCAAAAUCGAUUUUUCAGGUGACAGAUGUCGUGGAGCGACGCCAACUGCCGAAAUUCACAAAAAUGCCAUUUUUCCUUCUGCCUCAUCCCAGUUUGAACGUCAAGGCUCCGAAAAAGUAUGAAUUUUUUCCAAAAAAGAUGAAAUUUAUUUUUGAUGGAACUAAAUAUCUUGAUUCCAAAAAAGGGACGUUUUUUGGGCCUUUUUUCGAGUUUGGACGCUUUUCUAAAGCCUUGUAGGCUAAAAAACGUUUUGAGUCACUCUUUUUCUUCAUUAUCUUGCUGCAAAUUUGAUUUUUGAUGGGAUUUCAAUGAAAACCUGCGAUGGGAUUUUCGGCAAAAAUAAUUUCCUCAGAGAGGAUUUGAACCCUGGUCAUGGUAUCCCUGGCGCAAGCUCGCUAGCCACUAGACGACGGCGCCUAGAGGAUUCGUAGGCGCAUACGCGAGUCAAAUCCCCUCUUGCCUUGCUUCCCUCAUGCAGGGUGCAAUCUUUGAAGCUUGAUAAUUCGAAAAUAAGACUUAUUGCGAGAAAUUUUUAUCAUAUUCCUGGAAGAGGAGGUAUUAUAGUACAUCCCAGCAAAGUUUCAUCAAAAAAUUCAAUCGACAAUCAAAAAAAUUCCCCUUGUUAAAAAACGUUUCCUUUUCUCUGAAUCAGGAAGUCCUAAAGUACAAUUUUUCAUCAAAAAUCCAAGGAGAAGCUGAAAAAGUUGCCUUUAAAAAAAAAGGAUUUUGAAGAGAUCGACUAUCUGCCACGGAAAUGCUCCAAGUGAGAAAGGUGAUGGAGCACGUCUACGAGAAAGUUCUGAACGCUAACGAAGGUUCCCGUUUCUAGAAAUGAAUAUUAUUGAUUAUUCUAUUCAGGUAAUAACGCCCUGUCCUCACCUGGACAAGGAAAUGAGGCCCAACUCAUGUCCUCGGGACUUUCCUUGGGCGCCGUCCACACCAAGUUGGAGUUGUACUGUAAUGAUCAGGUGGGUUUUUGUAACGAAAUUUAGAAAUUUUUAGGUUUUUUUGGUAACUUGAGAUUCAUAUUGCUUUCUUGAAUGCUUGAAACUUUUAAAAAAAGGGGCGUGGCCAGCAAACUUAAGAAUUUUCUCGCUGGAGCGCAUUUUCGAGCUCUUUUCAUUUUUUGUCAUUUAUUUUUAGAAAAGAAUGAAAAAGAGAAAAUUUGGAUUUUUGAAGCAAAAAUUUUAUUUUCGGCAACGCUUUUAUCUCAUGUACCUAUUGAAAAAAAAAACGGAUUUUUAUAUAAAUUUUAGUUUUUAAAAUUUUUUUGAGCGAUGCCAAAAGUUGGAUAGUACGCCAGAGAGGUCCCUUUAGGUGCAACCUUAAAGCCCUAAAAGAUUUCCCCUCUAGGGAUCACUUAAGCUAGCAGAAGUGGUCACUCUAGGGAAACAUGCUAGGGAUCCCUAUACGUCUUUUUAACCUUCAAAACGUCAAGAAAAGUAAAAGAACCCUAAAGGAACCACUUAAGUUGAAGGAAAACUAUAGGUCAGGCCCUGAACCCCUAUAAGGACCACCUCAAUUUACCUCUAGAGGGAACACUCUGGCGUCCUAAGUACUAAUUUUCCAAAAAUCUAAAAAUUGUUGAACUUGAAAAAUUAUGAAAGUUGAUCAUCUGAUCUUAAGAAAUUUGGAUUUAUUUCAAAAAACAUUUUUGAGAUUUCAUUGGGAAAAACUCUAGUGGCCACUUAAGAGGUUUCUCAAAGACUAUAUGGAGAGGACACUAAAGUGGUCACUAAAUCACCUCUAUAGAGGCCACUAUUUUGCGUUUUAGUGGUCACUAUAGCAGUUUUUAGUUGUCUAGAAAUAUCACUCAGACUUCUAAAGAGGCCACUAAGUUUUAGCCACUCUAGUGGCCACUGAAACGCCAAAACCCUAGAGAGACAACUCAAUGUUUCACGAAAGAAUGAAUCUUUCAAAUAUUUUUAAAUCACAAAGUUAGUUUAGCGAUUGUGGUUAUGAAAACUAGUUUUUGGAAUUAGCCUGAAACUGCGAAAUGAUUUUUUUUUAAAUUUUGAAUUUUUUCCAGAAACUCGAGCCGGACAUGGACUUGAGGACAGUGAAACACUUUGUCUGGAAACAAGGAGGCGACCUUUUAUUGUACUAUAAAGCUCUAAAAUAA